CCUUCUUCUUCCUUGCGUUUCUCCCAAUUUUUUCUCCCUCAUCUUGCCAUCCUUUCUCUAUCACUGAAAUCGCAACCCUAAUCUCUCUCUCUCUCUCGCUCUCUUAUUCUUCAACAAACACUACCCUCAGUUCUAACUAGAAAGCUUCGACUUUUCUACUUAUAUGCAUUUCAACAUCGAUUUCAAGUGCACAGGUGACAGCCGCAGCAUCAGCAUCAGCUCCGCCAUUUUUCGCUGACCCGUUCUCAACUUUGAGGUAUUGGCCCUGUUCGGCAAUAUUUGCUGAUUUAGUUACUAGCAGGAACUAGAAGUGAGAAGCUGCAAUGUAUACAAGUAUAAUAAAGGGAAGACAUCAGAGAUGGGGUUCUGUCUUUCUGCCACCCAAACAUUAUUCUAGGCCAAACCGCCAGGAAUAUGCUUGUUCUCGAUCUUUUAGCCAUACAACUAAAGUGGGAGGCCACUCUUCAAAUGUUGCUUUUAUCAAGAGAUACCUAUUAGAUUCAUUUUCAUCACAGGGGGUUGCCCGGGGAUUUAAUUUUUCUUGUUCAUGUGUGAGGGGUAUUACAUAUUUGAGUAAUAGUCAAUUACGCUUCUAUAGUUCAGAAGGUGAUGGGAGGAAUACCAGUGAGGAUAAACAGGCAUCUGGAAAAGAUGGAGUCAACUUUGAUAAUGGCAAGACUCAGCAGGAAAUGGCUAAAGAAGAAGCAGUUCACUCCAAUGCACAUGCUCAGCUUGCAGAACAGGAUCAAAAGGAAUGGCUUCACAAUGAGAAGCUUGCCAUAGAAAGUAAAAAGAAGGAAUCUCCUUUUUUGACUAGACGUGAAAGGUUUAAAAAUGAAAUUUUGCGGAGGGUUAUUCCAUGGGAGAGAAUACAUGUUUCUUGGGAGACUUUUCCGUACUACAUUAAUGAGAAUAUCAAGAGUGUUUUGGUGGAAUGUGUUGCUUCCCAUUUGAAACAUAAGAAAUUCACUGCUUCCUAUGGGGCUCGUUUGAUGUCUUCAAGUGGGAGAAUAUUGCUUCAAAGCAUUCCAGGUACUGAGCUUUAUCGGGAGAGAAUAGUUAGAGCACUUGCACGAGAUCUGCAAGUUCCCUUAAUCAUACUUGAUAGCAGUGUCCUUACUCCUUUUGAUUUUGGUGAUGAUUGCUCUUCAGAGUGUGAAUCAGAUGAUAAUACAGGAUCUGCAGAGGAGUGUACCUCAGAGUCAGAGGUAGAGGAUGAGAAUGACACAGUUAACGAAGAGGAGUGGACAAGCAGUGCUGAGGCAAAAUCAGACUGCAGUGAUGAUGAUGUAGUUGAUGUGCAGGCAACUGCUGAAGCAGCUCUUAAGAAGCUCAUUCCUUACAAUCUUGAAGAAUUUGAGAAGAGAGUCUCUGGAGAAUCAGAUAGUUCCCUGGAAAGCUCUAGGUCUGAGGCUGCUGAGCCUUCUGAUACCUGCAAACGGCCACUUAAGAAAGGUGAUCGGGUGAAGUAUAUAGGGCCUUCUGUAUGCAUUGAAGCUAAUGACAGGAUCAUAUUGGGCAAGAUACUGACAUCUGAUGGUCUGAAAAAUGCCUAUACUACUAUGCGUGGCAGGCCUUUGUCAAGUGGUCAGCGUGGGGAGGUUUAUGAGGUGAAUGGAGAUCGAGUUGCUGUUAUUUUGGAUAUUGCUAGUGAUAGCAUUGCAAAUGUAGAAAGGGAUGAGAAUCUUAAAGAGGGGCCUGCAAAAGCACCAGUUUAUUGGAUAGAUGUUAAGGACAUUGAGCAUGAUCCUGACACAGAGGCAGAAGAUUGCUACAUUGCGAUGGAGGCUUUGUGUGAGGUUGUGCAUUCCAUGCAACCCCUUAUUGUGUAUUUUCAAGAUUCAUCUCUAUGGUUGUCUAGGGCAGUUCCCAAGUCAAAUCACAAGGAUUUUGUCCAGAAGGUUCGAGAAAUGUUUGACAAAAUAUCAGGUCCAGUUGUAUUGAUAUGUGGCCAGAACAAAGUUGAAACAGGGUCAAAGGAGAAAGAGAAUUUUACAAUGAUACUCCCAAAUUUCGGUCGUCUAGCUAAGCUGCCUCUCUCUUUGAAGCAACUUACUGAGGGACUCAGGGUGACAAAGAGGUCCAAUGACAAUGAAAUAUAUAAGCUCUUCACUAAUGUUCUGUCCAUACAUGCUCCAAAGGAGGAAGAUCUUCUCAGAACGUUCAAUAAACAGAUUGAAGAGGACAGGAGAAUUGUAAUAUCUAGAAGCAAUUUAAAUGAACUGUACAAGGUUCUUGAAGAAAACGAAAUGUCUUGCCUGGACCUAUUGCAUGUAAAUACUGAUGGUGUAGUUUUGACAAAGCAAAAAGCUGAAAAAGUUGUUGGUUGGGCUAAGAAUCAUUACUUGUCAUCUUGCCUGCUUCCGUCCAUAAAAGGAGAGAGAUUGAUUUUGCCUAGUGAAAGCCUUGAAAUUGCAAUUAUGAGGUUGAAGGAGCAAGAAACCACAUCUCAAAAGCCAUCAUUAAAUUUGAAGAACCUUGCAAAGGAUGAGUAUGAGAGUAACUUUGUUUCAGCUGUGGUACCUCCUGGUGAAAUUGGUGUCAAGUUUGAUGAUAUAGGUGCUCUUGAAGAUGUAAAGAAGGCAUUGAAUGAACUUGUCAUUCUUCCUAUGAGGAGACCGGAGCUGUUUUCUCGCGGAAAUUUGCUGCGGCCAUGCAAAGGAAUAUUACUUUUUGGGCCUCCUGGAACUGGGAAAACCCUUCUUGCCAAAGGACUUGCAACAGAGGCUGGUGCAAACUUUAUCAGCAUAACUGGUUCAACUCUUACGUCAAAGUGGUUUGGAGAUGCUGAAAAGCUUACAAAGGCUUUAUUUUCUUUCGCCAGCAAACUGGCUCCUGUCAUUAUAUUUGUUGAUGAGGUGGACAGUUUGCUUGGUGCUCGUGGUGGUGCUUUUGAGCACGAGGCUACUAGAAGAAUGAGGAAUGAAUUCAUGGCAGCAUGGGAUGGAUUGAGGACGAAAGACAGCCAAAGGAUUCUCAUCCUUGGUGCCACGAAUCGGCCAUUUGAUCUUGAUGAUGCUGUAAUUCGCCGCUUACCUAGAAGAAUAUAUGUGGAUCUACCGGAUGCUGAAAACCGGAAGAAGAUUUUGAAAAUAUUUCUUGCACAAGAGAAUUUAGGACCUGAUUUUCAGUUUAACAAACUAGCAAGUGCAACUGAGGGAUAUUCUGGUAGUGAUUUGAAGAACCUCUGUAUUGCUGCAGCAUAUAGACCUGUCCAGGAACUUCUAGAAGAAGAAAAGAAGGGUGGUAAAGGUGAUGUUGCUUCAGCUUUAAGGUCGCUUAAUUUGGAUGAUUUCAUUCAGUCAAAAGCAAAGGUGGGUCCAUCCGUUGCCUAUGAUGCUGCAAGCAUGAAUGAGCUGAGGAAAUGGAACGAGCAAUAUGGAGAAGGUGGAAGCAGGAGAAGAUCACCCUUUGGUUUCUGAAGCUGUCCUGAUCAGAUCAGGUUGCAUUUUCACAAUAUAUGUUCUCAUUGGGCGCAAAAUUAAGGAAACAAAGAAGGAAAGCUGUUACAUAGGCAAUGAAGAAAUCUCCCGUUUUCAACAGGCUAGGGAGGCUCUGAUGAUAUAAUAAUAUGAUUUAUAAUUUAACGUAAUGAAAUCAUAUCCUCUACAACAUUUCCUCCAAUUUUGUAGGCCAAUUUCAUGCUUUGUAGCCAUUGGACUAGACGAGUAGUACUAGCUUCAUAAAUUUUCUCUAAAUUUUUAAUUUUAAUUAACUAAAUAAUUAAUUUUUGUUGUGAUCUGCUUCUUUGUUAUUAUAAUCUAGUGUAAUUAAUUAUUGUGCUA